AUGUUUUCGCCGGAGGCAUCUAUCGUGAGCGCGCGUUCCAUGCGCAAUCCUCGACGCCGCCAGCGCAUCGACUCGGACGGGACUCAGCAGCAACAACGAAGCCGCAAGCGAAGCAAACUUAAUGACGAAACGUUUAAAGACCCAAACGACGCCCAUAUCAACGGAAAUGGAAGUGCCUUGAUGAAUGGCCAUGCAGUGCAGAGUGUGGACAACUCUGUUGUCUUGGUGGACAUGCCCGUUCGCGAGAAGAAGUCAGCGCCGAAGCGCGCGCCCAAGGAGGACACCGGCACAUACCUUACCAAGAACGCAAACUACAAUGUCAAGAAACUGCCUGGGUUUCCGUCAGCGCUGCUCCGCCCAUCGACUCCGAUAUAUGCAACUGCCCUCCCGUCCGCCGGCCUCGCGCUUGCCCUGACCUCAGACCGCGCCCUUGUAUGGGACUACAGCGCCCCCAACGGUCCCACAAAGGUUGUCUCUUUAAAUCUGAACUUCGGCCUGCGACAAGGUGAGCCUCUUCCGCUAGGCGCAAUCGUUCCCAACGGCCCUACCAACGACUACGGUAUCGUCGCGCUCGCGCCUUCGACAGGCAAGAUCAGCUUCUGGGAGAACAUCGACAGCGCAGACACUCGAAGCCUCUACCCCCAGCGCCAGCAGGGAGUAGAGGGCUUUGUGAAGUUGUAUUCUGGAGAAACCAUAACCGGUCUGGUCGAUGUGGAGCACGCGGGCUACGUCCUAGUAUUCAGCAGCGGUAGACUCGCCCAGUUGACCCUGCGCGAUUCCCAGGGCAGACCAAGCGUUGCGAUAACCGUUUUAAGCGCACCAAAUGGCUCGGGAGGUAGCUUCUUCAGCUUCAAAGGCCUUCUGGGAGGAUCGAUCCGGAAGACCAUCGCCUCAGUCAAGGCCCGGACAUCGCAGUCUAAGGGCCACAUGGAGGUCAUCUCGGCAACGCGAAACGGUCUCUUUCAGACCUGGGACUUGAGCUGGUCAGGACAAAACAACCACCAACGAGACGUAGACGUACACGAUGCAAUCCUCUCGGCAGUUCAAGCAGACACCGUUCCAGAAGUACGAAACCAGCAGGAUGUACAAGUGCUGGAUUUUGCCAUUAUGGAACAACAGCAGGGCCAGGAUGCUGUAAACCUUCUCGUCCUAGUUGCACUGUCCGGUCGAGACUCGUUGGACUACUUCCUACUGGAGGUGGAUCUGUCAAGGACUGCUGGCAUGAUCAGCAGGGCGAUACCGGUCCGUAACUUCCACCAGAACCAGUUACCUAAGGAGCCUACCGGAACGCUUCUCCUGCCACAGCCUGGACACACAGCAUACGUCCAGUUUCCAGGAGCUGUGUUCGUCGCAUCCCUCGCGCAACCAGAAGAAAGCCCUGAGGCACAGCUACUUGCAGAUUCGGGACGUUCUAGUUUGCCCUUCCAGGAUACCGUCUACUUCCGCCCAGAGGUGACACUCGCAGGCAACGCCCUAGAGAACUCAUUACGCAAGGACAGGAAAUCGACUGCUCUGAUCUUCGUCCAACAGUUCGGCCUUUUACAGAUCAGCGCAUUGCCACCUACAACAAAUGACCAAGACAGGGAGCGCGUCAAGGUUACCGCACGCAGCAAACUGGAGCAAGCCACAUUCUUCAGUACGAUCCCCGCGAAUAUCAUAGACUUCUCUGUGAAGUCGCGCUUUUCCUUUGCUGAAGAGGAGACUGCGGAAGCUGCCCUUGAAAUUAGCGCCGGCAUCUUAAGCUCGUCAUACGACUACCUCGAGAAGGGUGUUUCAAAUCUGGAUAGUCAAUUCCAGCAACGCUCGUUCGCUCUCCGGACCUUGAUCUCUCAACUACAGACCGAAUAUCCUCCCGUAGACUUCCAGACAAGGUGGCGGCUGUUGUGGCAUGCAGAGAAGCUUGCGGCUUCACACAAGCUAUGGCUCUGGUACCAAGAUAAGCUGCAGGACCAACAGGCUCAUCCGGACGCCUACCCCGAGAAGAUUUUGAUGGGCGAUAUCGUCAGAGCCUUGAAUGAACGCUAUAAGACCGCCAUCGACUCCGAGCUCGGCGAGAAUGACACCAUUAGACAGUUCUUCGUCAAGGAUGUCGACAGUCUCCACACCCUAAUACCUUGGGGCUGGUUCUACUUGCGGACCUUCUAUAUGAAGGAAGGACUAAAACAAACGCCAUCCAUCAUGCAGAGGCUUAGUGAGGGCACUGAUGUCAUGCUUGUCGCUUUGGAAACAGCGUUCGAAUUCCGGCAAGCAAACGUAGAGGUAUAUGGUCUCGAACCCGAUUGUCUGGACAACAGCAUCCUUAAGUCGGCAUAUGGCUACGACAUGCUACCUCAGUUCUGGACCUCAUCUCACAACAUUGUCAGCUCGAUCCGUAGCCUCAUUGAUGUUGGACGCAACCUUGCGGUGGACAACUAUGAGGAAGGCUAUCAAGAAAUCCUGGCGCAGAAGAUCGGCAAAGACAACCCACGUUUAGUGAAGCUAGGAUGCCAGACUCACAUCGAACGGUUCCAGUGGGCUCUCGCACAGAGCGAUGAAAAGACACGAGCCAUGGGUCGCAGUCUCAAGGACGAGUGGAACAAUAAUGUUCGACCAUCCCACAUCAUGGGUUUGAUGGAAAUUGGACUUCCUACGGAAGGAAUGGAGCUUGCUGAGCAGUACCGCGACAUGUCCACACUUGUCAAUCUAAUUUGGGAAGAGUCGAACUGGCUCGAGACCGAGAAGGCGAACACUCGCAGCAAAAUGGAGCAGGCCGAGAGCACAGUCAAGCUGAACAGGAUAAAAGAGCGCAUUGCACGCUACUUUGAGGUCUACGGCGAUGAAUGGGCUGGAGCUUUCUACUCAAAGUACAUCAACGAGAACCAAGCAGGACAGCUCUUCAUGAAGGAGUAUCUCAACCAACCAGCGCUCACCAAGUUCUUAAGAGCAGAGCCCUCGCGUGCCCGGCUCGGAUGGAUUAACGAAGUUUGUGGUGAGAAGGAUUAUGAGGCUGCUGCUGAACUCCUCUUUGAGGCUGGCUCUAAACAGGAGACUAAUGCCUGGUGUCAGCGCGUUGAGCUCUCCAUGGCCAAGCUCGCUCUGCUUUGCAAGCAGGAAGCGAAGCACGGCGAUGACCAACCGGUGGUUGAUCCGCGCAGAGAGAAGACCAAGGCAUUGAAGAUGCGUGAGGCCAUGUACCAGAGCAUUGAUCAACAACUGGAGUACACAAAGAUCCAGGAAGAGGUCUAUGAGCGGCUACUGCCCAUCAUCACUGGUGCUCUAGACGAAGACUCUGCCGUGGAACUCCUUAUGGCUGAAUUCGGACAGGGCCGUCUGAAGGAUCGACCGGCACACCAGGCUAUUCUCAAAGAGGGCUUCGAGAACCUGGUCCACCACAAGGUCAUCGACCCCGCGCUCAUGAUUGACAUACUUACUCUCAUGAAUGCAGAUGACAGCGAGGAAGGUAUUACUUUGCUUGGAAAUGAUGAGUUCAUCUACGCUUUCAGGGUCCUGCUUGUUAACUGGAACAACAUCCACCGGACGACUCGUGAUGGCCUGCUCAAGCUUUUCUGGAAGCGAUUGUGCAUCAAGGACAACUGGACUGUGAUCAACAACACCAAGGAGGUUACCGAUGCUAAGAUCAACGAUGUGUUGCAAGGUACAACCAUGGCAUGGACAUUCCGGACCUUGAGCGGCAUGUGCAUCGACAACCCUUUCGUUAGGACUCUAUGGCCUAAGAACCUUCGGGAUCUUCUAGGCGCAGGAGGAACACACGGAGAGCUAUGUGUUCGCUUCGCUGCCGAAGAUCUUCGCAAUCCGAUCAUCAAGGACAAUCUCCUGGACGACGACAUCCUUCGCGAGCAGGUCAACAAGAACAGGCUCACGGAUUGGUUCAAGGCAGCUUGGACAGCGGGCAAGACGAUGUACGCACGCGAGCUGAAGCAACAGGGCAAGCCCACUCCCCAGGAUGUGCCCGUAGCCCCUCAAAUUGCGGGGGAAGAUGGGGAGGACGGGGCAGACCAGGAUGCUGCUGGGUCUGAGACGUUUGAUGGCGACGACGAGAGCGCACAGCAGGACCAAGACGUGGUGAUGCAGGAUUCAUGA